AUGUGCGUCAACAAAAUCAAAACUCCAAACAUAAUUGGUAUUUACGGCCUUCCAGGAGCCGGCAAAACAACCCUGCUGUCUCAACUCCGCCAAACGACAGAAACAUGGCUUGAGGAGUACGACUAUUAUGAGGGCUCUGAAGUCAUCGAUUCUGUUGUGGACGGCGGUCUAGCUGCCUUCAAAAAGCUGCCGCACGCAGAUAAACAGCGCCACCGGGCUACGGCUGUCAGACAGAUUGGCAGGGAUGCCUGUAACAACGGCAAGAGCGCCCUGGUGGCCGGCCACUUCAUCCUGCCAAACGAUGACCUCGACGGGGGCUUGCAAGAGGUGUACACUGAAGCCGACCUGGAAACAUUUACGCAUAUCAUCUAUCUCAAGGUCCCCGCAGAAGACAUUUGCAAGCAAUGCGCUGCUGAUAUGCAGCGGAAGCGAGCAUUGUUCCCAGUUGAGGAGGUGAACAGGUGGCAGGAUGUCGAGGUUGAGAGGCUGUUUCACCUCUGUUUAGACAGAGGUAUCGUCUUCGCAACUGUUAGUGGAGGGAAGGAAACAACGGUGCAGCGCGUCGCAGACCUGUGCUCAUUCUGGAAUUUGAGCGAGCAGCAAAAUUCAGAUCUUGCGGUGUCCAUGGCCAGUAGGAUUUUCAGCAGCACCCAACUUGAGCUGUGCAGCAACAUCCUGGUGUUUGAUGCGGACCGGACACUUGCCCCUCAAGAUUCUGGAACACUUUUCGUGAAAAAGUGCCUCAGUAAUGGCCACUUAAGACAACCAGAGGAGACGAAGGUUGUUCUCAAGACGGUUUUCGGCGGCCCGUUGGGCUAUACCCAUCGUGCUUUCCAGCAAGUGUCGGUGCUUCUGGAGAGCUUCGAGUGCUUCAACGAGACGUAUGAUUCCAUUUGCGACACCGUAUCCAACCAAAUCACCAUUUAUCCGGAAAUGGCCACUGUUCUGUCACAGGCUACCCGAGAUCCGCGGGUAAUUCCGUUGGUAGUGACAAGUGGCGUCCGCCGGGUCUGGGAGAUGGCGCUCCAACGAAUAGGGCUCCAGGGGAUUCCUAUUUUUGGUGGCGGCCGAGUCAGGGACCAGUACGUCGUAACACCCCAAACCAAAGCGACAAUCGUGGCAUGGCUUGCCACUUUCAAGACUGGGGAUCAUCGCCGCGACGUUACGGUGUAUGGGGAUAGCCCUUUAGAUAUCCCCAUGAUGGCUGAGGCCGGCCGCGCCUUCGUGAUUGUCGGGAAUGAAGAAACCCGGAGUAGCACGAUGGAUUCAGAGCUAGAGAAAGCCAUCCGCUCCAAAGUCUUCGGGAAAACCCAUGACAAGAAUUUUGAAACCAGAAUCAAGCAGAUACUUUUGCCAUCGAAUGUAACCCCACGUCCAGGGUUGUCGAUUGCGGAAUUGCAGUAUCCAAUGGAGGACGUACCUGUCAACAUCGCGCCGUCGACGGCAGCCAAGCUCCUAGCUUCACCCAUGCGGGACGCCUCAAUCGCCGGCCCAGCUCUACAAGAGGCGCAUGCUCAGGCCGGACGAUUCUUGGCGACGCAGGUUGUCGCCCAGGUGAUUGGCCUAGAGGAGCAUAUCAUACCGCACGUACAAGGCCAAAACACCAUUGGAUAUCGGCUCAAAGCCGAAGAGCGAACUUUGAUCGUGGCUAUGAUGCGUGGCGGCGAGCCCAUGGCUAGGGGCGUGUACCAAACUUUUCCUCUGGCGAUGUUUGCAUUCGCCAAAUACCCGCAUGAGCUUGCUACGAGAGACGUUGUGGAUAUGGAAAGCAUUCUGUUAGUCGAUUCAGUCAUCAACACGGGUAAGAGUAUGAUUGAUUGCGUCGAGCACAUCCGAGCUAUGAACUCCAAAGCCAAGAUUCUGCUGGUUGCAGGUGUAGUUCAGGCUGGUGCGAUCGAGCUUGAGGUGGAUGGAAUUUCUGAAGGGGGUAGCCUUCGGCGGAAAUUAGGGUGGCAUGGAGACGUGGGCAUUGUGGCGUUGCGGGUAUCUGAGAACAAGUACACUGGUGCAAAGGGUACUGAUACAGGGAACCGAUUGUUCAACACCACGCAUUGGCACUGA